AUGGAGCAGGAAGCUGAUGAGCCUCAUCCCUCUAUCACGCGGACCGCAGAACGCGCAGCAUCCCCGAAGCGACCAGGCGCCAGCGAUGCAGACGGAGAUGCCAACCCUGAGAGUUCACCGUUUCAGGACCGAGAUUUGCGUCCCAACCCCGCCCGUGAAGCGUCACCAAUUGCAGGAUCACCGCCGCAACCGAGCAGUUCCCCUAUGCGGCUGACACCCUCUCCCCAGAGGACCGUCCCACAAUCACAGCGAAGCCCAACGAGGACGCCACCCUCGGUCCUUGGCAGCAAGUCUAGCUCCCCUAUGCGCAAUCUCUCGUCCCCAAUCAAGACUACACCACGCCCCCCUGCCAAAUCCCUAUUCCGUCAAGACCCCAAUACCGGGCUCAGCACUCCCCGUGUUGUUUUGACUCCGCAGGGCCGGCGGCUGUCGGGGGUCGGCGCUGACCGACCGGGUCUGGGCUCGCCGCGAGUGGCCGAGAUCUUUGACCGCAGGGAAUCCAUUGGAGAAGCGGCCGGCAACUUUGUGCCCAGCCAGCCCACAAAUCCGCGGCGAAAUGUUGCCUUUGCCGAUCCGCGUCAGAUGGAGGCCGAAAUUGAUAGAGAUGAGCAGGAUGAACACGGAAAGGAGGACAGUAGGGGCGCCAGCGGUUCUCAGGAGGAUCGGGAAGGAACAGCCAAUCUCAUGCAGAUGAUCCAAGGGCUCAGCCCGAAAAAGAAUUUGCUCCGGGGGCGGAAGAGCCUACACGUUGGCAGUGCCCGCGGCCUCCUCGGCAAGCGGCCAGCCGAGCUGGACGAGGACGACGAGGACGACGAGGAACAGGAUGGCGUAAAGCGACUCAAGGGGCACCAGGGCAGUCCCUCUUGCCGCGAGCUAAAGAAGUACAUCUCUGAGGGCCGCCGCAUCGUCCGCGAGAUCGAGACCGAAACUUUCGAGGAGAACCCACCUCUCUUUAAGGAGUACAUGACGGCCUCGCCCGAGUUCAAGAUCUUGAUGGACAACCAAUUCAAGAACGUUAAGACUCAUGCGAGGUUGCUCAGCAAAGCUAUGUGGUACGAGUGGCGCAUGAAGCUACAAGACGGCCUAAAGGAGGGCCUCCUCAAGACCGCGGAGGGCAUGGACGAGGACGAUAGGCUUCUAGCAAAGCAGCAGGAACUCUUGUCGUCUGUCCUACCGGAUAUGGUCAAACGCCUAGAGGCACUCGAGCUCGAACAUCGGGAACUUGAAGCGGUCGCCCGGGAGCUUGCAGACUCCGACCCGCAGGAUCUCGAGGAUGCACGGGCUGAGCUCGUAGCCGUGGACAAGAGCAUGGAAGAGAAAACUAGAAAGCUCCGGCAGCUGCGCCGAGAACUCGACGAGUCGGUCCAGGGCCUCGAAUCACUGACGCAGCAAAAGCAGCAGUAUCUGGAGGAGAUCAGGGAAGCCGACAAGAUCCGAGAAGAGUGCCGCGGGUGGUCUUCGGAGGAGGUCAACAAGCACAAGGCCCAGACUGAUGCGAUCGAGAAGAAACAUGGCUGGGCCAUCUCUUCCAUCUCCGGCCUAGCCAUCACCAUGCGCUACAAACGCGAGAUUGAGCUCGUCUUGGACCUCGCUUCUCUCCACCAGCAGCAGCAGCAGCAGCAGCAGCAGCAGAAGCCCGUCUCGCCGAGCGCGCCGAUCCAGCUGCGCUACAUAGCCGAGACGCCCAGGCCGUGCCCGCCGGAGAAGGAGUUCUUCCUCCGCCAGAUGCGCGAGCGCCUCCUCCGCGCGCAGCAGGAGCGCAUGGCACCACGGGUUAUGCUCGGCAUCGUUUCGUCGGCAUGGGACAAGGCCGGCGCGGUGGCCGAGCACAUCCGGCGGCUGAACCUGUCGUUCCCCACCUCGGUCGCGGCCGCGGGCGAGUCGGUGCGGGUCACGGCGUCGGUCCUGCUCGUGCCGCUGCAGACGCGGGUCGAGGCCGUGUUGCGGCUGGAGGCGGCGGAAGGCCCCGGCGAUAGCGGCGACGGUGACGGUGACGGCGGAGUGGAGGUGGUCGUCACGCCCGAGGUCAGGGUGGUGUAUGGGGAGCAGUUCAACGCGGGCAAGAUGACAAAGUUCCUGGCGGGGAGGGUCGGAAGCAGACUCGGCAGGGGAGUCGGAGCGGGGUGGGACGAGGCGGUGCUAGAGCUGCAUGAGAGGUUGCUGGCCAAGGGAAGGCAGCAAUUUUGA